AUGUCGGCUCUCUGGUCUGCAUGGGGCUCCGACGCCUUCACCGAGCAGGUCGAAAAGGCCACCUCGGAACUGCUCCCCGUCGGAUCCGAGGACAUUGCGCUCAACCUCGAAAUCUGCGAUCAGGUGCGAGCCAAGCAAGUCCCUGCCAAGCAGGCCAUGCAGGUGCUCAAGCGUCGUGUCAGCCACAAGAACCCCAACGUCGUCCUCCUCGCCCUCGGUCUCACCGACAUCUGCAUCAAGAAUGGCGGCGACCACUUCCUCCAAGAAGUCGCAUCGCGCGAGUUUAUGGACAACCUCGUCUCGGUGCUCCGCAAUCCUGCCGGCGUCAACAACGACGUCAAGGCCAAGGCGCUCGGCCUCAUCCAGAACUGGUCCCAGAUCGCACAAGCAAAGCCAGCGCACAUGAGCUACAUCACCGACAUCUACAACCAGCUCAAGGCCGACUCCAAGUUCGACUUCCCGCCCCUCGAUCCCAACGCCGUCGCUUCCGCCGCCCUCGUCGAAACCUUGACCGCCCCGGAAUGGGUCGACGGCGAAGUGUGCAUGCGGUGCCGCACCGCCUUCACCACCUUCAACCGCAAACACCACUGCCGCAACUGCGGCAACGUCUUUUGCCAGCAGUGCUCCAGUCACAACUUGGCACUGCCCUGGUUCGGCAUCGGACAAGACGUGCGUGUCUGCGACGGCUGCUACGCCCGAAAAGGCCCGCCCAAGAACGCCGCCAAGCUGUCUCGCUCCAAAAGCGCCAGGGACGCAUCUCCUUCUUCCUCGAGCAAGCACGUCCCCUCGGGUCGCGGAGCAUCGUCCUCGUCGUCUCUCCAGCGCUCCGCGACGUCCGGCGGCAAGUCCAAGCGCAGCGCCCGCCAAAAAGAAGAGGAGGAUCUCGCCCUUGCCAUCAAGCUCUCUCUGGAAUCUUCGGGUCAGGGCGCAGCACAGGGCUCGAGACCAGAGCCAUUUGGAACGCCAAGUCAGCCCUCUGCUGCCCCGUCGAGCGCGCAGCGAGCACCCAACGGCCGCGUGCUCGAAGGCACCGACGCAGAUGACGAUCCGGACUUGGCAGCAGCCAUCGCCGCAAGCCUGCGAGACUGGGCUCCUCCACAGCCGAGUGCUCCCGAUGGUCUUGGAGAUGCUGGUGGUGCUGCAGCAACAACGUCUGGCGUUUCAGCUGCUGGUAUGCACGCCACCGACCUGGCGCAGUCAAACUUGCCGCUACCCCCCUCGCUCGACUUGGCACCUCAGGACGUGGACAAUAUUCUCACCUUUACCCAAAGUAUCCGAGCGCAGCACGCACACAACCAGGCAAAUGGAAUGGUCGGUGCCCCCGUUCCGCCACCCGUGCAAGCCCUAUACGAGAAAGCAUCGUCGGCAAGACCGCCUAUCCGAGGCGGUGCGUCUAUACGACCGUCUGCUUGA